GGCACUCGGGUUUGGCCGCCGGACGGAGAACAUGAAGAUCUGGACCUCAGAGCACGUGUUCGACCACCCAUGGGAAACUGUUACAACAGCAGCAAUGCAGAAAUACCCCAACCCCAUGAAUCCCAGCGUGGUGGGAGUGGAUGUGUUGGACCGAUCGGUGUACUCUAGUGGGAAGCUGCACAGUCACCGGUUGCUGAGUGCUGAAUGGGGGAUGCCUGCCCUGGUUAAAUCGAUCAUUGGAGCCUCCAGAAGCAAGACUUACAUAGAGGAACAUUCAGUGGUUGAUCCGGUGACCAAAACAAUGGAACUUAAAUCCAGUAACAUCACUUCCACAAACAUGGUGUCUGUGGACGAAAGAUUGGUUUACAAGCCUCACCCCCAGGAGCCUGAAAAAACUGUUCUCACUCAAGAAGCAAUCAUCAGCGUAAAAGGGGUCAGUCUGAGCAGUUAUUUAGAAGGGAUGAUGGCCAACACCAUAUCUGUUAAUGCCAAUAAGGGAAGAGAUGCGAUGGAAUGGGUAAUUGGCAAAUUAAACAAUGAAUUAGAGGACCUGAAAGCAUCGACCAAAGCAAGCAUGAGAACGUUGAUGGCUGCCGCUGCCUUUGAAGAGGAAUGAUGUUGGGAGUGUGUGGUUCCAGUAGGAUAUGUUAGAUGUUUAUACUUUGGA